AUGCCCAGGUCACUCAGAUCUGAAAUGUUAAAGGUGCUGCAUUCCAGUCAUCUGGGUGCGCAAAAAUGUCUUAGUAGAGCAAGGUCAAUAAUGUUUUGGCCGGGAAUUUCAAAUGAUAUAAUUGAAAUGGUAAAUCAAUGUCAGAUUUGUCUGGAAUACAGGUCAUCGCAACAGAAGGAGCCAUUAAUCAGCUCUGAAAUCCCAGACUAUCCGUUUCAAAUUGCAGGGUGUGAUUUGUUCUCACUUAAUGAGAAAAAAUUCAUGGUCAUGUCCGAUUACUAUUCUAGGUAUCCCAUAGUUCAUGAACUUCCGAACAUAAAAAGUUCAACUGUUAUUUCCCACAUGAAAGAUAUCAUGUCACAUUGGGGCAUAUGUGAGAAAAUAGUCACUGAUGGGGGUCCAUGUUUUUCUAGUCAAGAAUUUGAGGAGUUUUCAAGGUCAUGGGAUUUUGUACAUGUAAAAUGUAGUCCAUAUCAUAACCAAACAAAUGGUUUGGCUGAGGCGAUGGUUAAAGUUGCCAAACGUAUACUUAAAAAGGCAAAAGAUGAUAAUUCUGAUCCGAGAAUAGGAUUUUUAGAAUAUCGUUCUACUCCUCUCGCUGAUAUAGGAAAUUUCAGUCCAGCGCAGUUAGUCCAAUCACGACAACUUCGUUCUAUCCUUCCCACUGUAAGGGAAAACCUUAUACCACAAGUACCGCCCCCUGAUGUUGUCAAACAAAAAAUCGCAGAAUCCAAGGUCAAAUCUAAGCAUUACUAUGAUAAAAAUGCUAAACCUCUGUCUCCCUUAAAUGUUGGAGAUUCCGCUAGAAUUCAACGUCUAGACAAGUCCUGGAGUCCCGCUGUUGUAAUAAAAAAAUCACAGCGAUAG